AUGGCCUUUGCAGCCUCCCUCAUCGAGCUCCAAGCAGAGGCCAGCUGCCCCAUCUGCCUGGAUUACAUGAAAGACCCAGUGACCAUUGAGUGUGGACACAACUUCUGUCGCUCCUGUAUCGACCAGCGCUGGGAAGAUCUCAAGGACAUUUUUCCCUGUCCUGUCUGCCUCCACCACUGCCCUCGCAAGAACUUCAGGAGGAACACUCAGUUGUGUCACAUAACUGAUAUUCUUAAGAAGAUUCCCACCACAGGGAGCCAGAGGGAAUUGAAGGAGGAAAAACCCCUGUGUGUGAAGCACCAUGAGGUUCUGAACCUGUUCUGUGAAGAGGACCUGGAGCUGUUGUGUGCCCAGUGCAGGGUCUCGUCAGACUACCAGGAUCGGUCCCUGCUACCCAUUGAGGAAGUUGCAGCUGGUUACAGAAAGAGGCUCAAAAAUUAUUUUGAGGCCCUGACAGUGGAGGUUGAAGAUGCUGAAACGGAAUUUGAAAACCAAGUGGCAAAAAUUUUUGAAGUGCAGAAAAGGAUGGAAAAUUGCAGGAGAGAAUUACUCUAUGAAUGUAAAGAAUUCAAGUGUUCCUUGAAAAUAGAGCAAGAUGAAAUUAAUACCGUCUACUUAUGGAAGAGAGGGAUGUUAAAGAAAAACUAA